GGAUAGGCUUUAUAACUUAAGACGAACAACUUCGGUUUUGUAGUUCAGCUACAGCUACGAGACUCCCGUAUUCUGUCGAAAAAUCUCAAUUUAAACAUUCGAGAUGAAAGCGAUCAUCAUUGUGAGUCUAUUGGUGCCGUUGUCCCUGGGGGACCAAAAAAUCCAUCCGGAAGACAUCGAGAGAGAUAAUCAUCCCGAAAACCGCUCACCCCUGCCACAGAGACCAUAUUCACCAGAUCCUGAGGCAGGACCUGAAAGAUAUAUGAUAGUAACUUCCAAUCACGUUGAUUAUACCGGGCAGAGCAAUGGGCACAAUGGAGAUAACGUCGACAGUGAUAUCAGAUAUCAGAUGAAAACGGAGGAUGAUACCUCCACGAAAGCACAAUCCCCUGACAACUAUGUCGAGUAUCCAGUGCAAAUACAGAUGCCAAAGAGGCUGGAGCACGUGAAUUAUCGACAGCAUUUGGUGGAGUGGCCCAGACCACUUGGAGAUCAUCAGUAUCAAAUGAACCAACAAAGAUUGAUGCGAUAUCCUGUGCAGACACUACGGGAGGCUGUGUACAUUCCGGCGAGUCAAUUGUUGGCUUAUUCCCGCAACUUCUGGUUGAGCCAAGCACUGGCAACAAAAAAUUCAGGCCUCCUGCAACACCUCGCACCCCAAAUCGUGGAAAAAUCACCAGCUGCGGUGUAUAGCACAGCUCUAGGUCAAUCUGCACACACUGCAUCGACAUAUGCUGGAUACCCAUCAGCGAUUGACCCACAUCCGGAAGAGAUUCUCCCAGCCAAGGUGGUGUUGUCUCAGCCGCAGAUCCAAUAUCUCCAGGAAUUCAGUUACAAACCCACAAAGUCCCAGGCAGACGUCGAUCAUGUGGGCACUUAUGCAAGUACUCCCGUCCAUGCACAAGGCCAGGCAGUUUCUUACUUGCAGAGCCAGUUGGGACACCUCAACAACCGAGAGGAACCAAAAAAAGUGCAGUACAACAUACGUCUGACCAAACCAGUCUACCGGACGCAAACUGAUCAGCGACAUUUAAAGGUUUCGGAUUUACCGAGACAGGAAUUGGCAGCUCCACUGCAUUCAACUGGUGAUGAUCGUCAGCCUUCCAGUAAUAUUGAUCAUACACCGGAAUCGAAAUCGUUGCUGGGGUCGUACAUUCCGAGUCAUGUAAUUGCUGCACAAGAUGCCGCCAGGUACCGGGAACGACCCCUGAAGCUCGAGGGUGGUUUUUUGCCGUCGAAAAUGAAUUUCUUCCAUGUGUAUGGAAAACGCAAGUCCAAGUACACGCAAUGAGACUUGAUGCCAUGGGCCAUUUAGUGCGAUAUUAGGAUAUUUCAUUUAAUGCCAUCUUGUAUUUAUAAAUUCGCGAGAAGAAUUUCAGAGGUGUAUAUUAAUAAAAUUAUUCGACAAUUC